AUGGCCAAAAUUAGGCCAUCCACAUUAGCUAUAAGGUUAACGAAAACGGGAAUAGCAGAUGAUAACAAAAAUGUUAACCACGCUCUCAAAGGGAUUAGAAAACAAAUAGGGAUACAUAACAUUGAAAAUAAAACAACCGAACAUAUACAGGAAAAAUCUGGAAAAAAAAUUAACAUCCAAGAAAUCAACAUCAAUAUAACAAAUAAAAUACAUAAAAGUAUAUGGAAUGCUAUGAAAAAAUAUGAUGCACCAAAGUUGCAAUUAAUUGAACAAAAUAUAAGAGCAAGAAACAUACAGAUGAACGGGGUCACAUAUACACUACUGAUACACGCACACCUUAUCUUCAAUGCAAAUGGAUCGACACUGACGCAACUUAUAGAAGAAAUGAAACAAAAGACCAUACACCCAGCACUCAUCAGGUUCAAUGCCAGGAUAGUGGCCUCAUGCAUAGAAAUGCAAACACUACACGCAAAACCACUCAGAAACAAUAUACUCCAAAUGGCAAGGGCAGCAUGGAUUACCGCCGUACUCAUCACACGAAGGUACCCUACCCAUGACCAUAUCAUACAAAAGGAAAUCCAAGUCGAACGCCAACACACAGAAAUAGAAAAUGAAAAACCGAUACACAUAAAACUGUAA